AUGGAGGUCAUACUAGGUUUUGGGAAGACUGUUAUCCCGUCAGGACCUAAGGUUGUAUGGUCAGCCAACAGGGCUAGCCCUGUCAGGGACAACGCCACCAUUGAGCUUACUAGGCAUGGUGACCUGGUCCCCCGUGAUGCCGAUGGGAGCACGGUCUGGUCAAGCGGCACUUCAGGCAAAUCAGUGGCUGGCAUGGAGAUCACGAAGCGCGGCAACCUGGUGAUGUUUGAUCAGAAGUAUGCCAUUGUGUGGCAGUCAUUUGACCAUCCAACUGAUUCACUGGUCCCCGGGCAAUCACUUAUGGAAGGUAUGAGGCUCACACCUAAUAUAUCUGCAACAAAUUCGACUAAGAAUCAAUGUUAUGUGACUGUACUGCGAGAUGGAUUAUACGGCUAUGUCGAAUCCACACCACCACAGCUCUACUUCUCAUAUCCACCGGUGAAAAAUAAUGAGACUGUAAAUGGACAAACAAAGGUUACGUUCCAGAAUGGCAGCCUUAGUAUCAUUAUACAGGUGCAGAAAAAACCUUAUCAUGUCUGGUCAACACAAAGCACGGACUUGGGUCUUAUGGCUGAUAUCAUGCUGCCACCAUCUCAGUUCAGUCAGUAUAUAAAAUUAGAGUCUGAUGGGCACCUAAGGCUGCAUCAAUGGUCUGAUAAUGAAAAUCGGUGGAUUGAGUCUGAUGUAAUGGAGAUGAUGUCUGGUGAUUGUGCUUACCCAACAGUAUGCGGGGAGUACGGGAUAUGCACGAAUGGGCAGUGCAGCUGUCCACAUGAGAGUAAUACUAAUCCAAACUACUUCAAGCCGGUGGAUGACCGGAAAGCAAAUCUUGGCUGUAAGCCACUGAAUCCAAUCUCUUGUCAGGACAUGCAACACCACGAGCUCUUGAUGCUUACAGAUGUUUCCUAUUCUGAUCAAAGCCACGCCAUUGUGAAUUUAACAAACAGAAAUGAUUGUAAGCAAGCCUGCUUGAAGAACUGCUCCUGCAGGGCUGUUAUGUUCAGGUAUGGUCAGGAAGAUUCCUAUGGUAAAUGUUUCUGGGUAACAAAGGUCUUCUCAUUACAGUCCAUACAACCUGAAGCUGCUCGUUACAACUCCACUGCAUAUCUCAAGGUGCAGCUGAGCCCCUCCAACUCCAGUUCUGCCCCUACUACAAACAAAAGGAAGUUCAUUUUAGCAAUUACACUUCCAACAAGUAUUCUUGUGUUACUUCUCAUUGCUGCCAUUCUUUAUCUGCAAAGGAGGAGGAAGUAUGAAGACAGCGAUGAAGACUCUGAAUUGGAUCACUUAUCAUCAGGAAUGCCAACGAGGUUUUCUUUUGAGAAGUUGAGAGAAUGCACCGAAGGUUUUAGUAAAAAACUCGGGGGAGGUGGAUUCGGUUCUGUUUUUGAAGGGAAACUGGACGAAGAGAGAGUUGCAGUGAAACGUUUGGAAGGUGCUAGACAAGGAAAGAAAGAAUUCUUGGCCGAGGUUGAAACUAUUGGCAGCAUUGAACACAUCAAUCUUAUCAAGCUUAUUGGCUUCUGUGUAGAGAAAUCUCAGAGGCUUCUGGUAUAUGAAUAUAUGUCGAGAGGGUCACUUGAUAGGUGGAUCUACAACUGUCAUAAUAAUGCCCCUUUUGAUUGGUGCACCCGAUGUAGGAUUAUUCUAGAUAUUGCCAAGGGCCUAUGUUAUCUUCAUGAAGGGUGCAGGCGAAAAAUCGCUCAUUUGGACAUCAAACCACAAAACAUUCUUUUAGACGAGAACUUCAGUGCCAAAGUGGCUGAUUUUGGACUAUCUAAGUUAAUAGACAGGGAUCAAAGCAAGGUAGUGACGAUGAUGAGAGGAACACCUGGGUAUCUGGCGCCUGAAUGGUUAACAUCGCAAAUCACUGAAAAGGUUGAUGUGUACAGCUUUGGAGUUGUUAUCUUGGAAAUAAUAAGUGGAAGAAAAAGUAUUGACCGUUCUCGGCCCGAGGAGAAUGUUCAUAUUAUUUAUUUAUUACAAGAAAAGGCUCGAAACAAUCAGUGGAUUGAUCUGAUCGAAAAUAAUAGUGAUGAUAUGGUCUCACGCCAGGAGGAAGUGAUUCAAAUGAUGAAACUUGCAAUGUGGUGCCUGCAGAAUGACAGCAGCCAUAGGCCUUCCAUGUCAACGGUGAUCAAGGUGUUGGAAGGUACUAUAAGCGUUGAAGCUGACAUAAUUCAGAGCUUUCUCAAUGCGAACUCUGCCAUGUCUGUUCAAGAUAAGCCAUACCCAUAUUCGGUUCGUGAAGCAUCUAUCUUAUCUGGCCCACGGUGA